AAGCACAUUUCCACGCUUUAUUUAAAUUAAAUCCUUAAUUUCCUUAUUAGUAGGUGUUCUACAAAAUAACCUAACCUCAAAAUUUCAUCAUGUCUAAAGGUUUUUCACUUUUAAAGAGAUGUUUACAUUUAUCUCCCAAAAAAUGUUGGAGGGUAUCUGCGAAUCCCGACUUAGAUUUCGCAUAUUUACUAAAUAUAGAUCACACCGCUGAAAUAAAACAGAAUAUCGUAAGGAGGAAAGGUGUUGGGGAUAUAGAGCUUGUAACGGCUUUAAAAAUGGAAUUAGAUAAAACAGAUCCAAGGGCAGCUAAUUACAGCGCGUUAAAGGCACGUUUUUACGCAGAAAGUCUUCGUAUUCCCAAUGAAACUCAUCCUAAAGUUAUACAAUACGGGGAAGAAUCUAAAAUUAUUCGCAAAACUGGUGAAAAAAGAAAAGUUGCUAAACCACUAGAUUUUCAAGAGAUUGCUAAAAAAUUAAAUCUGGUUCGAACGGAAAAGUUAGGAAGUGUUACAGGAAGUCGAAGUUAUUUUCUGCAAGGAGAAGCAGCAGAAUUAGAAAAUGCUUUAAUUAAGUACACUUUAGAUACUUUAAAAAAGAUGAACUUUAAAAUUGUUACUGUUCCCGAUGUUUUACAUCGAGAUGUUAUCGAAGCUUGUGGAUUAAAUACUCGAGGUGAGCGAACACAGGUUUAUUCAUUGGACGAAAGACAUGGAUUAAAUUAUUGUUUAUCUGGAACGUCAGAAAUGGCUUUAGCUGGUUAUUUCAUGAACACUUUAAUCCCAGAAAAAGAACUUCCACAAAGAGUAGCAACUGUAAGUCGUUGUUUUCGAGCUGAAACAUCAGCCCUGGCAGAAGAAAAAGGCAUUUAUAGAGUACACGAAUUCACAAAGGUCGAAAUGUUUAUUGUGUGUCAACCGGAAAAAUCAAAUUUAAUUUUAGAAGAAAUCAGAGAUUUUGAGGAACAACAUUUCAAAUCUUUAGGAUUAUAUUUUCAAACGGUCGAUAUGGCCGCGCAUGAAUUAGGAGCCCCUGCUUAUAGAAAAUACGAUAUAGAAGCUUGGAUGCCUGGUAGAAACAUGUACGGCGAAGUUUCAAGUUGUAGUAAUUGUACGGAUUAUCAAUCGAGGAGGUUAAAUAUCAAAUAUAAAAAUUUGAAGGGUGAUGAAUUAUUUGCACAUACACUAAAUGGAACUGCGUGUGCUAUACCGAGAAUGAUAAUUGCUUUAGUUGAGACUUAUCAGAAUUCAAAUGGUACGGUUAGUAUUCCGAAAGUUUUACAAACUUAUAUGAAUGAUAAAGAAGUAUUUGGGAAACAAAAACGGAUUCCUGAAUUACAAUUAAUCAAAUCGAAAAAGUAAUUUAUAAGGUUUAAUUUAUAUUUGAGAUUUUAAUAUUAAAAAAAUUAAAAAUUA